CUGCCUGGGCAGCCAGGCCGGCGUGGCAUGGUACGUACAAGUGUCAGUUGACGAUUCAGCUUAUGGGACACGAUGUCGUCGCGGCGAAUCGGACAAAUUUUGAUCCAGAACUCGGCGCUUUUCCUGUGUGACAUGCAGGAAAAGUUCCGUCCCACGAUCCGAUACUUCCCUCAGAUCGUGGAGGUGGCAUCGAGGAUGUUUAAAGCAGCUAAAAUCAUGAAACUUCCGCUGAUAGUCACGACCGAGCAAUAUCCGAAAGGCCUUGGCCCGACUGUUUCGGAGAUUGGCAUCGACCGUGACACCCACGACAUCAUCGCCAAGACCUGCUUCACCAUGUGCACCCCGGAGGUGGAACACAAGCUGACCGAGGCGGGCACCAGCUCAGUCAUCCUCUGCGGUAUCGAGACCCAGGCAUGCAUCCAGCAGACAACCCUUGACCUGCUGGAGAGGGGCCUGGACGUCCAUGUGAUCGCCGACGCUUGCUCCUCAAGGAGCAUGGUAGACAGGCUGUAUGCCUUUGAGAGGAUGCGGCAGAGCGGUGCCUUCAUCACCACCAGCGAGGCCAUGCUGCUACAACUCCUCAAGGGAAGUGACCAUCCCUGCUUCAAGGAGGUCCAGAAACUCAUCCAGACGUCCGCUCCGGAAAGUGGCCUCCUCAGCAAGAUCUAGCUCGCAAGAAAAGCAGAGCUGAGACGAGGCUCUCGCAUGUGACCGCCCGUUCUGGUACACACAUUGACCCUUGGUCCAAUUUUCUCCGGAGCUCACAGAAAAGGUUGUAUUCAGACUCAAGACUGACAGUUCACAUCCUCUGCUUCCUUCUGCACAUAACGUCCAGAUGUUUUGAAUAAACAUCAGUGAAACAAUGUCUGGUCCAAUCACUGAUCAGACAUUUUGAAUAAUAGGUGAUGGGACUUGAAUACCUUGUUUGGGUUUUUGUUUUGACUUUGAUUUUUGAGGCCGAACUUCCAAAAAGAGGCGGGAGAAAAAGAUACUUCUGCGGGGAAUACUUUCAAUUUAGAAAAUAACUAUCCAAUUAAAUGUUUGCUAUGAAUAGUUCUCAAUUUGACUGCACCAAUCACAGUGGGUAUGGACUGGCUUCCAGAAAGACUGGUGGAAUUCUUGAUAUUGGAGACAGAAACUGGAGAAGCCGAUAUUUUUCUUGAAAUUCUGAAACCAGAUUUGGGAUUAUCUGGUUUGUGCUACCACCCAUCAAAGUUUGCUCUCGCAAAAACCUGGAGUUUGAAGUUGCCUGAUUACAAAAUCAUUCACUUAACCAUGAUUUGCAUUGAACUGACCUACUGAAACUGGGUGUUUGGAAUUCGAAGCAUCAGUUGUCAAAUUUUCAGAUCUGUAACUUGAAAUUUGGACUCAAUUCUAGAAUUUGCCAAAAUCAUGUUCAAUAUUAAGUUUGUAAAUUAAAACUUGAUUGUACAUUUUCUUUUAAUUCAAACAAACUAAUAAAUUUUACCAAAAAAAUUCCUUUUUGAUUAUGCUGUAAUAGUGAAAUGGGAGCAAGCACUUUGACACACUGACAUGAAAAAAAACCCCGAAAUGUCUGCAAUUUUCACCAAAAAAUGCCUCCACUUUUACUGAUUUAGGGGAUCGGCUGCUUUCCUCCCUCCACAUCUUAUCUACAUGUCUAACCUGAACUCCAUCAAGAAGAAAAGCAUGACAUGUUCUUACCUUGUUCAUCUGUGACAAAUUUAUUGGUGUGGUAUGAUGCCUGUCAAACUUUAUGUGUACAAGACACCUGUCACACAAGUCUUACAGCUCAGCCUGAGCCUGAAAAGUCCUUUAUCCUCUUACCACUAAAGCAAAGAAUCUACCCAACCGGUAAUUAUUUUUGUUACACUUUAACAAGGCUGAGGCAUCAAGUCCUAAACCGCCCCCCCCCAAAAAAAAAGUAAAAUCAUGUUGAUUGGGAGUUUGUAAUUUGGAAUAAAAAUCCCACUAAAGCUUAAAUGCGUGCAUGUUUAUGUACAAUAUGCCUCUCCAUAUCCCC